AUGGCAACAUCAUUUACAAGUAAUAAAAUGUUAAUGUUACAAAAUCGCUUAUUAACGAGUGGUGAUAAUGUUUCAAUUGAUUUGUAUAAAGAAAUAAUGAUUGAAUACUUGUUGGCAAUGAAAACAUUUGUUUGGGAAAAUUUACCUCCUCAGUUUCAAGUUGAUAUAGAAUUUCAACAAUUAUAUAAAAUAUGUGGUGCACUACAAAACAAAAACUAUUCAAAUUUUUAUGCAUUAAUAAGAGAUUUUCAAUUUUCAUCGACAAUGUCAAGUAGUAUAGAACAAUUACAAGAACGAGUUACACUAAAAAAUUUACAAUUAAUUGAAAAUGCUUACAAGUCUAUAUCAUUUGAUGAUAUUCAAUCAAUUUUUGGAAUUACAAGCAAAGUGGCUCGACAAUUUUGUGAAAAACGUGGUUGGCAAAAAGAUUCAAGUGAUCUGUUUGCAUUACCAUGUCGAAGUGCUGUCACAGUUGCAUCAAACUCUGAUAUAACAAAAUUAGUUGAUAUGGUCUGUUUUUCACUCAAGAAAAUAUCACUGGAGGUUCAUUGCUAA